AUGCGCCAACCGACACUGCACAAAGACCUCUUCAUCACACUCCUGGUCCUGCUCGCAGUGGCCGCCGUUGGCCAACACCAAGCGCGGGCGGCCGUGCUCGGCCAGGUGUUGGCCGACCCGCGCUUGGUCGACCCCGCCGCUGCCCUUCGCAUUGCCAACGCCCUUCACCUCCCCACCAGCCCCGUCCUCUCCGCCACCACCCGCGUUUUGGUGGUGGCGGGUCUGGGUCUGGAUUACGCAGGGGAAGGCGAGGACGACAGCGACGACGCGGCGGUGCGGCGACUCGAGGAGGCCAUGGGACCGGAACUCGCCGAGUGGGUGACCGCCGGCGGCCGCUACGUCCAGGUGGGCAGCGACCAGCGCGUGUGGACCCGCCUCUUCGGCCUCCUGACCAUCCCUCGCUCGCCAUCAUCCGAGUGGUCGUCACCAUCAUCAUCAACAACAACAACAUCCUCAACAGGGCCGGUGCUAGAGCUGCCCUACGGUGAGGGCCGCCUCGUCUACGUCCCGCCGCCGCCGAUCGUGGCCACGGAGAGCGACGACGAGUGGCGCCGGGUCCUGCGGGUGGCGGUCCUGGGCGGCGAGAGCGCGGCCGUUGGGAAGCAGGAGUCGUUCGUGCGCGUCACCAGGGAAGAACCCCUGGGCGAAGAGUCGCCGUCGCCAUCGCCUUCUUCUUCGCCGUCGCCCUUGGACUCCACCUUUUCGCCUUCGCCCUCGCCGACGGUGGUCGGUCCCACGCCCGAACCUUCGCCUUCGUCGUCAUCCUCGCCCGCUUCUGCGGCGUCGCCCUCAGCCUCACCAUCGGCGGCGGCCUACGUCAGUCCCAGUCCGAGCCCCAGCCCCAGUCCAACUUCCUCUACUAACGGCUCGCCGUCUCCCUCUCCCUCUUCCUCGCCGUCGGCAUCGGCAUCUCCGGCGCCCGCGGAAACCUCAUCGCCAUCACCGUCGGAAUCUCCGUCGCCCUCGCUCUCGCCCUCGUCGUCGCCCUCUUUCGAUCCUUUCGGCACCUCCUCGCCGUCGCCCUCGCCGUCGGCGUAUCCUUCACUAUGGCCGGACACCAGCUACUCGCCCUCGCCUUCGCCCUCUUUUGAUCCCUACUUCUCCUCGUCACCAUCGCCCUCGCCCUCGCCGUCUUCUUCACUGUGGCCAGACACCAGCUACUCGCCCUCACCUUCGCCCUCUCCGUCGCCCUCUUUCGAUCCCUUCUUCUCCUCGUCACCGUCGCCCUCGCCAUCAGCAUCUUCUUCACUAUGGCCAGACACCAGCUACUCGCCGUCGCCGUCGCCGUCGCCCUCUUUCGAUCCCUUCUUCACUGCAUCACCGUCGCCCUCGCCGUCGGCAUCUUCUUCGCUCUGGCCAGACACCAGCUACUCGCCGUCGCCGUCGCCGUCGCCCUCUUUCGAUCCCUUCUUCACUGCAUCACCGUCGCCCUCCGCAGCCUUCGCCUUUAGCCCCUCGCCCUCGCCCUCAGCAUCGUCGUCGCCCUCGGCGUGGAGCUCGACCACCUCGCCCUCGCCAUCCUCCACAGCCCUCGCCGGCACCACCAGCCCGUCUCCGUCCUCGCCCGUCGGCAGCACCGCGAGCGCGUCGCCGUCGCCGUCGCCCAGCCUUCAAUCGUCGGCUGUGGCGUCGGUGUCAGCGUCAGCAUCGCCGGGGUCGGCCAAGGCUGGCGACGAUGGCGGCGGCGGCAGCGGGUCGAUGAUGAUCUACGUGGCGGUGGGCGGCGCGGCGGCCGUGGUGGCGGUCGCCGGGCUGGUGGGCGGCGUGGUGCUAUUCCUGCGACACCAAAGGCGUCGAGGCUACGAAGCUAUACCAUAA